AUGAUUUUAUCACACGAGUCAAAUAUCUUAUAUAGCUACUACUCCAACUUGUGCACCUUGUAAACGAUCUCUCUAAAUCUAAAUUUUCUUCUCCCUCCCUUCCACCACCAAAGUGGAAAGAGCCGUUGACCGUGGUUCCACGGUGUCUAGCGGCGUUGCUCCGGUGACACUUUCCACUACUAUUUAAGUAACGAUGGAUAACGGAAUUGGAACAAAGCUACUUCGACAUCAUGAAGAAGAAGAAGUAGAAGGUGCCUUGACAGAAAGAGUAUGGACCGAAUCCAAAAAAAUAUGGAGAGUAGCAUUGCCCGGUGUUAUCUCUAGAGUUUGUGCAUUUGGAUGCAUCGUUGUCACUCAAUCAUUCGUCGGCCACAUUAGUGACAUGGAUCUUGCUGGUUACGCCCUUGUGCAAACCUUAAGUGUUCGAUUCGUUAAUGGAAUACUAUUGGGUAUGUCGAGUGCAACCGAGACUCUUUGUGGCCAAGCAUUUGGAGCAGGGCAACACCAUAUGAUGGGAAUAUACUUACAACGUUCGUGGAUUGUUGAUUUAAUAACGUUAACUGUUUUGCUCCCGGUUUUCAUCUUUGGGACACAAGUAUACAGACUCCUUGGUGAAGAUGAAGCGAUUGCUCAAAGUGGUGGAUACAUUUCUCUAUGGUUCAUCCCGUUUAUCUACAACUUCGUGUUUAGCUUGACAAUACAAAUGUUUCUGCAAGCACAACUGAAAAAUAUGGUGAUUGCGUGGCUUUCCAUAUUCCAAUUUGGGAUGCACAUUCCUUUGUCAUGGCUUUUGGUGUAUAAGCUCGGACUUGGGGUGCCAGGGGCAAUGAUUUCAUUGUCAGUAUCGUCGUGGUUUCUUGUGAUCGGAGAACUUAUUUACAUCUUUGGAGGUUGGUGUCCGUAUUCGUGGAAAGGCUUUACGGUUGCUGCCUUCAAAGAUUUGGUUCCUGUUGUAAAGCUAUCGUUAUCAUCUGGAGUAAUGGUCUGCUUGGAGCUAUGGUACAAUGCUGUUUUAGUCUUACUUGCUGGAUACAUGGCGAAUGCUGAAAUUGCUAUUUCUGCCUUCUCCAUAUGCUUGAACAUUAAUGCAUGGGAGUUCAUGAUAAGCCUCGGGUUCUUAGGCUCUGCAUGUGUCCGGGUUGCAAAUGAACUUGGAAGAGGAAAUGCUAAAGCAGUGAAGUUCUCUAUUAAAGUUCUGUUGGGAACUUCCAUCGUGAUAGGAACAUUUUUCUUUGUUCUUUGUUUGACGCUUGGCAAAAAACUUGCAUACUUGUUUACGGAUGAUGAUCGAGUUGCAGAUACUGUAUCAGAUCUUACUCUACUACUUUCAUUUUCGGUGUUGCUCAACAGCAUUUAUCCGGUCCUCUCAGGUGUGGCCGUCGGAGCUGGAAUGCAAAGUAUUGUAGCAGUGAUCAACCUCGUUUGCUAUUACCUAAUUGGUAUUCCAACCGGAGCAUUGCUGGGAUAUAUGACAAGUCUCCAAGUAAAGGGUAUAUGGAUUGGAAUGAUUUUUGGAAUUGUAACUCAAACGCUUGCGCUUAUGUACUUGACAUGGAGAACAGACUGGGAUGAUCAGGUUAAGAAAUCAUUGGAACGACUCAACCGGUUUUAUGUAAAAGUACCCGGAAAUCUUGACGAGAUUUCUAACUGAUCACAUUCUGAUAACCGAUGUAACGAGAUUUUGUAGAUUUUUGUUGGAUUUUACAGCCAUUGCUGGGAAGGGGGGUGAUUCUUUUCUUGUUUAUUAGAUGUUCUUCACUUGCUAUUAUUGGAAAUAAAGUUUUUACUAGUUUAAUA